AUGGCCCCCUCAGCAACUAUUAUUGAGACUGAGUCAAUCACAGUCCUUCACGACGAUCUCUCACACAUCCGCUUUGCGAGUACCCUACAGUUCUAUUUGAACGGUGAACUCCAAACGGUGCGCGAUCCAGAUCCUGAAGGAACUCUGCUCGACUACAUCAGAUCAGAAGCUGGACUCACUGGAACCAAACUGGGAUGUUCAGAAGGAGGUUGUGGAGCCUGCACGAUCACGGUAGCCCAUUACGAUGAGAUCAAGAACAAAAUCACUUACGAGGCCAUGAACUCAUGUAUCAUUCCCCUUAUAGCUGUUGAAGGGAAGCAUUUGAUCACAGUCGAAGGCAUUGGUUCCACCAAUAACCCACAUCCAGUCCAAGAGCGUAUUGCCAAAUACCAUGGUUCUCAGUGUGGUUUCUGUACGCCUGGUAUCGUGAUGAGCAUGUACUCAUUGCUUAGAGAGAAGAAUGGUCAUGUUUCCAAAGAGCUGAUCAGCGAGGCUUUGGACGGAAAUCUUUGCAGGUGUACCGGAUACAUGCCAAUUAUUCAAGCCUGCAAUAGUUUUGCGUAUGACAGCGAUAACUACAAUAAGGCCCAGUUGAAGCCGGGGUCUGUGACUGCAUGUUCCAAGGGCGCUGAUUGCUGCCAGAAUAAGAAGAAUGGUGCCAAAGCUGAGCCAGAAGUGGAAAAAGUUGAGGUUUGUGCUAGGGGAGAUUCCUGUUGCAAGAACAAGACUAUUGAAGCUAAUGGCGUAGCUGAAAGUGAAGCCAGUGGCUCUACCCAUGACCCUUCUAAUGAGAUCGACGUCAACGCCCUGUUCACACCCAACGGACUCCCAUUAAAGCCAUACAAUCCCAAGGAUGAUCUUGUCUUUCCCGCAAAGCUCACCAACUACAAGUUGAAACCUAUUUUCUACGGAAACGAGCAUAAAGUGUGGUUCAGACCAACCACCAAGCAAGAGUUGCUUGAGAUCGUUGCCAGCUACCCACAAUGCAAAAUCGUUUCGGGAGCGUCGGAAGUUCAAGUGGAAAUCAAAAUGAAAGCCGCAGACUAUAACGUGAGCAUUUUUGUGAAUGAUAUCGCGGAAUUGCGGACUUGGGAGUACAUCGAAGGGAAAGGUCUGCUGGUUGGUGCCAACAUAUCUGUCUCGGAAUUGGAGUACAUUGGUGAAGAUCUAGCUGAAAAGCUUGGAAAACACACCAAGGGUCAGGUAUUUGAACAUAUGACAACUCAAUUGAAGUAUUUUGCAGGAAGACAGAUCCGAAAUGCGGCUUCUCCCGCAGGAAACAUCGUGACAGCGUCACCAAUAUCAGAUCUGAACCCGGUUUUGGUGGCCUGUGGAGCUAUAGUCACAUACGAACAGCUUGACCCUACCGGAAAGGUCAUCAGUGGUGAACUGAACAUGAACGAUUUUUUCAUUGGAUACAGAAAGCACAGACUGCCACAAGGAGCCAUUGUGACGUCCAUUUUCAUUCCUGAAACGAGACCCAACGAGUUCAUCCACAGUUACAAACAGAGCAAGCGCAAGGAUGAUGAUAUUGCUAUUGUAACUGCUUGUAUUCGGGUGAAGUUGGACUCUGAGGGACUGGUUGAAGACUCAACACUUGCGUAUGGUGGUAUGGCUGCUAUGACUGUACAGUCGAAACAGACCCAAGAAGCUAUCAAGGGCAUGUCAAUCUUUGACCCAAGCUUUCUGGAGAUUGCCGUUGACAAUCUGGACAAGGAUUAUCCGCUCGGGUUUGGCGUUCCAGGUGGAAUGGCCACAUACAGAAGGACGUUGACAUUCUCGUUUUUCUACAAGUUCUGGCAGUACAUGCUUGCUGGGUUCAACAGUUCCCACCCGUCUGCAAAGGCCCUUCUGGAAGUUGAUUCCAAUGCCAAAGUCACCAGAAACAAGCCUGAGGGAUGGCGAGACCUGGAAACGCCUUUUGAGUAUGAAGUUGUGGGCAAGUCAAACCCCCAUCUCUCUGCCAUGAAGCAGGUCAGUGGAGAAGCCGUCUACACCGACGAUAUCCCUCCGCAGCACAAAGAGAUUUUUGGUGUCCAGGUAUUAUCUACCAAAGCCCAUGCUAAGGUGCUGUCUGUGGAUUACACCGAUGCCUUGACCGUGGAAACUGUAGUAGGGUACAUCGACAUUGACGAUUUGCCUAACAAAGAGGCCAACUUGUGGGGUCCACUUCCUUUUGGAAAGGAGCAGUUCUUUUCAGACGGGGAAGUUUUUGUGGUUGGUCAGACCAUCGGUGUGGUGUUUGCUACCAACAAAGAGCGUGCGGCUGAGGCCUCCAGACUCGUGAGAGUGGAAUAUGAAGAACUUCCUGCCAUUAUCAGUGUUGAGGAUGCUGUUGCACAAGAGUCUUUCUUCCCUGAUUCAAGAAUCACAGAACUGGGCGACUGGGAAUCUGCCUUCAAGAAUUCGAAGCAUUUUUUCGAGGGAACUAUCCGUUUCGGUGCUCAGGAACACUUUUAUUUUGAGACCCAGGGCUGUCUAGUCAUCCCCGAGGAAGAUGGUGAAAUCAAAGUGUAUGCCUCCACUCAAAAUCCCACCGAAACGCAAGAAUACGCAGCCCAGGUAACUGGCGUUGCUGCGCACAAGGUUGUGACGCGUGUCAAGCGUUUGGGCGGUGGAUUUGGUGGCAAGGAGACCAGAUCUGUUCAACUGUCUUCGCUGGCAUGUGUUGCUGCAAAGAAGUUCAACCGGCCAGUAAGAAUGUCGUUGUCGAGAUACGAGGACAUGCUAACCUCUGGACAAAGACAUCCAUUCCUUAUGAAGUAUCGCGUUUCUCUUGACGAAGACCUGAAGUUUACUGGACUGGAUACAACUCUUUAUGCCAACGGAGGCUGGUCUAUGGAUCUGACACGUGGUGUUAUUGACAGAGCAGUCUUCCAUGCGUGCAACUGCUAUUAUUUCCCCAACGUGCGUGUGGCAGGAAUUCCCUGCAAGACCAAUACUGCGUCAAACACUGCAUAUCGGGGCUUUGGAGGGCCGCAGGGCAUGUACCUCGCCGAGGGAAUGCUUGUUGAGGUUGCAGAGAAACUGGGAGUUGAUCCGGAUGUGAUUAGGCAGAAGAACUACUUCACUGCCAACACGGGCCAGAUCACGCCCUACAAGCAGAAGGUGGAUGACGACAUCUCCGUGCGGGAUAUAGUGAAACAGAACUGGGAGGAGGCGAAUUACGAUCAGUUGAGGAAAGAUGUGGAGGACUUCAAUGCGAAGUCCAAGUGGAUCAAGCGGGGUUUGGCACAUGUGCCUACAAUGUUUGGUGUUUCUUUUGGAGUCAAGUUUUUAAACCAGGCUGGUGCUUUGGUUCACAUCUACCACGAUGGGUCUGUCCUCGUGUCGCAUGGUGGUGUUGAGAUUGGUCAAGGUCUUUACACUAAGAUGACCAUGAUCGCUGCUCAGGAACUGGGAGUGCCCAUAGAGAAGGUGUUUAUUAGUGAGACCUCCACCCAGGUGGUUCCCAACACAUCUGCCACGGCGGCUUCGGCUGCAUCUGAUUUGAAUGGUAUGGCCAUUGCAAACGCCUGCGAAAAGCUGAACGAGCGACUGAAACCAAUCAGGGAGCAAUUGGGUCCUGAUGCCACAUUUGACGAGGUGAUCUCAACCGCAUACCACGAGCGAAUCUCGCUGAGUGCUACAGGCUUUUACAAGACUCCCGACAUCGGUUAUCUGUUCGGCGAUCCCGAUCCUGCUCCUGCAUUCUUCUACUUUACCCAGGGAUCUGCAAUUUGCCAAGUGGAAGUUGACACACUGACUGGAGACUGGUCAUGUCUAGAGGCCCAUAUUAAGAUGGACAUCGGCAGACCUAUUAACCAGGCCAUUGACUAUGGUCAAAUUGAAGGAGCAUUUGUACAAGGAAUGGGACUUUUCACCAUGGAACAAUCUCUAUGGUUCAGACACAACGGUGCUCUUUUCACCAGAGGUCCUGGUAACUACAAAAUCCCAGGGUUCAGAGACGUACCGCAGAAGUUCAGGGUGUCCAUGCUGAAGGACCGUGAUUUCAAGCACCUCAAGACUAUCAAGUCGUCCAAGGGAAUUGGUGAGCCUCCUUUGUUUUUGGGAAGCUGUGUGCAAUUUGCCAUCAGAAAUGCGAUCAGCUAUGCCAGAAGGGACAACGGGUAUGUCAAGGGUGCCGCAGGGCUGCCAGUGCAGUCUCCUCUAACCAGCGAGAGGAUCAGAGCGUCAAUUGGAGACAUGCUAGUGAAAAAGGGACUGGUUGUUCCUAAGAACGAGAAUGAAAGGGAUUUUUUUAUCGAAGCAUAG